UUAACAAGAAGAAGAACGUAUUAACGAGAGAUGUGUUUAUCAUAAUAUUGUUAACCGUAAUAGACAAUACGGUUAUAAAUUCGCUACCGUUUAAUACAACAUAUAUGUAUAUUUGUUAUGUACGAGUGUGAAGCGAUAUAAGUCAAUGUUGCAGGACAGUGGACCUUCAGGACCAGACUUGAAGAACCAUCCAGUGGGAUGACCGAGUUUGUGUAGUUUUGAUUUACUUUAUUUAAAACCUCCUGUCUAAGAUCUCCAGUCUUAGGCCAUAGGUUGUGUAAACAAUGUUGAGGUGGUUUUCAGCAGAUGAGUCCAGCUCUGCGCAUGGAGCUCCUGUCUCCCCGCAGGUGGACAUGGGCAGCGAAAUGAGAGUUGCUGAGAUCACUGAGCAGCUAACACAGAUGGAGGAACUUGUGGCCAAACUAAAAGAGUUGAUAAGGGAAAAGGAUGCAGCACUCAGCAGUAAAGAUAACCAAGCUAAGGAGCUGACAGAACAAAUGCAGCGCUUGCAGGGUGAGAAAGAAAACUUUCAGGCAAAGCUGGAGGCAGAACGUCACAUUACUCGGGCUCGGAUCAAGGAUCUACUGGAGAAACAUGAAGCAGAGUUGCUCAGUGCUGCUAAUAAACAUGAGACUGAGUUGUCAGAGAAGGAGCAGGCCUUACGCAGACAGCUUGAGACCCUUCAGCGCUCUAUAUCACAGCCCGCAGAUGCAUCAGCAAACCAAUCUACUUGCAUCACAGCUCAGAGAGUCACAGAGCUGCAAGCCCAAGUGAAGCUGAAAGAAGCAGAGGCCAGUAAAGCAGAAGCAAAGUUUUUAAAAAUGAAAGCAUGGUCCAAAUCUAGGAUCAGGCAGAUCGAGGAGGAACUCAAAAAAGUUAAGUCUGGAGUAUUCAGUCUCGACAUGUCCCCGAAUGUUACGUCCCUACAUAGUCGCAUUACUGAGUUGCAAGAGGAGAGAGAGGAAAUGCUCAGCAAACUGGAGCUGUAUGAAGAUAUGAAGGCAAAAAAUGAUUUUCUUGAGACAUCAAUAGAUGAACUGCAGAAGCAGCUUAUGGAAUAUAAAGAACAGCAGAGGAAGAUGCAGGCCGACUUGGAACAGGUGACCAAGAGAGCAGCAUCACAGGUGAGUGAGACAGGCAGCAUGGAUGAUGUUCAGGUGAUGGAGUGGCAAGAAAUGAUUACCAUGGUGACUGAGGCAGAAAGGGUUCGAGAUCAGAGUCAUGAGAAGAAUGUCAUGGCCUUCAGAUUGAGCCACAACGAGGAGGAGAGAGAGGAAUUAGCCAAUCGGCAAGAGGAAGUGGAGGAGGAGUUGGCCCAGGCCCGUGGACUCUGCACACAGAAAAGCAGGAAGCCCAAAUAUUUCACCCCACACAGCCUGCAGGAGGACUUGGAAUUUCAUAGUAGGCAAGACCCAAUAAGCCCCACUGAUUGCGAUGUUCUUGUAAAUGGAGAGAACAUGGGUGGAUGGUGGCCACAGCACAGUGCUGCAGAUACAGAUGGCUUGAGGUCUGUUGUUGCGGAGCUUGAACUCGAGAGAAACCAACUGCAGGAACAGAUUUUGGUCCUUGAGAAUCAGUGCCAAGAUCUAGAGGACCGUCUGCAACUUCAGGCUCGCAUUGAAUUACUACAGUUCCUAUUCCCAUUCCUGUUCUCUCCCUGUUUGUUUGUUGUUGGGGAGGUGGGUUCUACGUCACAUGUGUUCUGGACCCUGGCGGAUGGUAUGGGAUAUAAUGAUGUGGCCCUUAAAUACAUUUUCAACACCGGUCUGGAUGACCCGGUGCCUCGAAGGGAAAUGGACCAGUUGGACGCUUAUAAUUUCUGGUAGCUUGUGUUCUACCUACAACAUCGGUCUCCGUGGAAUACCCCAGCCACAUUCUCCUGGUGGGAUGGCCGAUUCUAGACUGGGGUCUACAAACAGGAGGACCGCCAGCCCAGCGCCACUGCACAAGAUGGCCGCCAGCCCAGCGCCACAGCACAAGAUGGCCACCAGCCCAGCGCCACAGCACAAGGUGGCCGCCAGCCCAGCGUCACAGCGCAAGAUGGCCGCCGUCCCAGCGCCACUGCCCAAGAUGGCCGCCGGUCCAGAGUCAUGACACAAGAUGGCCGCUUGUCCAGUGCCUCUGCACAAGAUGACAGCCACAGUUGACCCUCCAAAGUCGAGUCAGGUUCCUGUUGACCCUCCAGAGUCGAGUCAGGUCAAGUCACUGUUGACACUCCGGAGUCAGGUUAAGUCACCAGUGAUCUUCAUGGACAAAGGCAAGUCACCAUUGAUCUUCAUGGGCAAGGGCAAGUCACCAAUGAUCUUCAUGGGCAAAGGCAAAUCACCAUUGAUCUUCAUGGGCAAAGGCAAGUCACCAUUGAUCUUCAUGAGCAGAGUCAGGUCACCAAUGAUCUUCAUAAGCAGAGUCAAGUCACCAAUGAUCUUCAUUAGCAGAGUCAAGUCAUCAUUGGUCUUCCUGAAUCCAGUCCAAACACCACGGAAUCCGCACCUCUGCUGAACUACCAGAGCUUCUCCACGUCUCGGCUGAACUACCAAGGUCUCUCCACGUCUCUGCUGAACUACUAGAGCCUCUCCACAUCUCGGCUGAACUACCAGAGCCUCUCCUCGUCUCUGGAGAACUUCCAGAGCCUGGUGGGCUUCUGUCUCGACUGCACGGAAGUGGUGGUCUUCUGUGCCGCCCGGGUGGGCUUCUGUCUCGACCGCACAGAAGUGGUGGUCUUCUGCCGCAAAUAUCACAUUUGAAUAUUUGAGCUCACAAAAAAACGUAUAUUUGAAUAUUUGUUUAUUUGAAUUAAGUUCAAUGAGACAGACGUUAUUUUUCAUUAAUAUUUGUUGUUUCCAUCAUUUUGAACAAGCUUACACACAAUAAGCUUGAACACAUCGUGUUUUGUAGCUGAAAACCUUUAACAAUGCGUGCAAACAAACAAAAGUACAGAUUAAAAGCAAAAAAAAAGGUGAACAAAUAUAAAAUGUAAAGCAGCCUGCAGCAAUAGGCUAUUGUAGAACGUAGCCUACACUUUUAAACUUUUAAACUGUCAGCAAUCUUUUUUUCUAUUGUUUAACAUGUUCUUGUUAAGAAAUACGGGCAUGUAUACAUGGUCAGGGGAAAGUCGGCUCUUUAGUCUGUUAACAAUAAGGCCGGCCGUGGAGAAAACACGCUCUGACGGCACAGACAUUGGCAGGACUUACAAAUAAUGGUGUGCUAAGCGAAUAAGUUUUGUGAAGCGCUUCGUGUUUUUAUUUCACCACUGAAUGGGAUCCUCAUCUGGUGGAAUACCUGGCACCAGCAAGAACUGUUCCCACUCGUCUCGGCUGGACUCUCUGUAAUCAUUGCUUAAGAACUGGCUCAACCUUUUCCGACGAGUGGGCAUUGCAUCCUCUUCAUCGUUGGUGACGGCGGCUGCAUCCGCACCACUCGCAUCAAGGAAAAUGUUCUGAUAAUGUUCAAAUUAUUUUUUUUACUUCUCAUGUUUUCAUCGAGAAACCUGAGAUGUUUGUGCUGAGGGUCUAGGGCAGAUGUGAGAAGAGGAGUUUUCACUGCAAAUCAAGUUAACGGUGUUUAUUCGUUGCUUGAGAGAUGCUGCAACAAUGUUCUUGAAUUUGAUCUCUUUCUGUGAUUCUCCACGGCAUAUUUGAAGGACUGUAGAAGACCACAGUUCUUAGGGGCCAUUCAAAUAUUGCGUCUUUUGGGCGCUCAAGUUCGUUAUUUCCAAUCUAGGCGCGGUAUGCUCGCUCAUAAUGGAAGCGACGCGGUCACGAUUCGCACGAUUUGCUGAGUUUAGGUUUGAAGAUUAUGAAAAUUCAUAUUUACAGUAAAGAAGUAAAAGGAACUGAAAUUGUGAAUAUUAACAUUGUUUUCCAGUGUACUAUAAAAUAAUUACAAUUUUAUUUAAUACUCAUUUUCUAUUUUAAAACAAUGGUAUUAUAUGGUGUUUAUUUAUUAAUAUUUAUUAUUUAUCAUUUAGUAAAAAUAAUAAUAAUAAUAAUAACUAAAUAAAGUGCAACAAUGCUAUUAUUAAUUUAUUUUUUAUAGUAGGUCACACUAUGCUCAAGGUGAUCGCCAAACCAAAUCUUCAGGUGCUCUGAUGAGAACCAGACUGAGAAAAAUUAUUUGCAUCUCUGAUUAUAGCACGAUAUUGACGUGUACUCCAGUUUUAUCAAAGGAUUAUUGUUGCAGUGCAUAUAUCCCAUUUUUAUGAGUUUUUGUGAAAGUGCAGAACUGAGUCAGUGAGCUGACACUUUCGGUGGAUACAGUUUUCAAAAGUUGAAUAUGUAUUUUUUUUUUUAUAGUGCUAAGACAGAGGCACCAAACUCAGUUCCUCUAUGGCCACAGCCAAAAGGAUUUUAGCUUCUUCCUUAAUUAAACACACCUGAUUCAGCUAAAUACGUCUUUCGCAAUUUAAAAACCACAGGAAUGAGUGUUGGAGCAGGGUCGGAGGUAAACAGCAGCUGGAAUAAUUCAAGUGAGCAUGUCUUUGACUUGAGGUCAUGAUUUAAUUUAGCAAUUUCUGUAUUGCAUUAGUUUUGAAUAUUUCUCAUGGGCAUGUAAUAAUUUUUUACUUUGUGGUGUGUUAAACUUUUUUUUUUCUUUUUUUUUUUUACGCAUUUUACCUGUAAAAGGAAACCUGCUUAAUAAUUAUGCACACCUGAGUAUAAGGCAUUUUUCACUUCCAGCCAUUGUUAACAAUUACACAUCACUUUGAUUAAAUUGGUUAUUAAAUUUGAUGCGGUUUGUAAUUGGUAAAUUGUACGUGGAAAACAAAUAUGGCCAGAAUAUCAACUUGCAUAAUAAUUCCACUGUAGUUGUAAUGUUUACAAAAAAAUCUGGGUUAGAGUAAUACCCUUACAAUGGAGGUGAAUGGGGUCACAUUUUGGAGAAUAUAAGGUCAGACAAGGUCCAAAAUGCAACAGAAUAUGAUAACAAAAAGUUCUAAAAAAAUAAUUACUUAAAGGGUUACUUCACCCCAAAAUGAACAUUUUAUCAUUAAUCACUUACCCCCAUGUCAUUCCAACACCAAAAAAACUUUGAUCAUCUUCAGAACACAAUUUAAAAUAUUUUGAAUGAAAACCGGGAUGCUUGUGACUGUCCCAUUGACUUCCAAGUAAAUGACACUGUCUAGGUCCAGAAAAGUACUGCCAACAGUGGUUCAACCGUAACGUUAUGAAGUAACAAAAAGAAAAUAUUUUUUCAAAAUUUGUCUCCUCUGUCUCCCUGCAGCUGUGCUGUGGUAAACAUGGAACUUUUCCUUGACAUGAAACGGUAAAUAAUCAAACCAGUGGAAGCAGUGCGUUUAUCCUUUAUUCAUGCAAAAUCUAUUCAGUCAGUAUCGCUUUCUCUGCUGCGGUCGAAUUGGGCUCUGCCAUCUUCCAUGCAAGACACAUCAACUUUCAGUAGUGACGCUGUGCCAGACAGUGCAACUCCUGUGACCUGUCCCUGAACCCUCAGACGCGC